GCCACCAGUGGGGAUGGCGAAGAUAUACCGGAGAAUACAGAUGCACCUGAUGACCAAAAAAACACACCAGAGACUAUGGAGUCGGUGGAAGCAAGAAGGCGCAGACGCAUUUCUGAGCUAUUAAAGAGAAUUGAACAGAAGCAAGCUACAGCCUUUCAGGAUGUGAUGGGACCUGAAGUCUGUAAAGUUUCUUCAGCUGAAACAGCUGUACAGAAUAAAAAAGAGAAUGCCACGGCUCCUUCACCAGUUGACGAAGAAAAGACAUCAGAGUCCUCCGUGCAGGUGGAGCCUACAAGAUUCAAAUGUUUUUUUUCACUUUUACAAAGAUUUUCUAAGAAGGACCCACAUCCUUCCCAGGCUUGGGCGGAACCUCCAGGUCCUCCAAGUACUUCCAAAGAAACAUCAGCAAACGAAAAAGGAAUGCAAAAUGUUCCAGACAUUAAAGAGCUAUUUUUUAAAAAAGAAGAGUUUGAACCUCAUGAUGAGGGGUCCUGGGAAGAAUACCAAAGCUAUUUCCCACAUGGGGUUCAUGUUCCCGACUCUAGACAAACAAUGGCUUCCACCAUGGUAGAGAGUUAUGUAGCCCAGGUGGGAGACACAGAUGUUGAAGAACAAGAACAACUGGAUAGUAAAGAGAAUUUUCCUGAUGCUUAUGAAGUACAGCAUUGGGAAAUGAGAAAAAGAGCAAGCACUCUUUCUCCUGCGGUCAACACACUAUUUGUACAUCGACCAGGAUCUUCCGAGUCUGAUGAGGAAAGUACACCCAUCAGAAGGAAGAAGAGGAGAUACAAGAGGCGCCUUUAAUUAAAACCCUUCCCUUCCAUAUUCCCCCAGCCCCAUGUCCUUGGUAUGAAUGCGGGGGGUGGGUGGGAGGGGGGACUUCAGUAGCUGCAAGUAGAGAGAUGUUAACCAAUGGCCAGAACAAACACCGUACAAAGCUUCUACCAGGCGUAUGAAUCCAGGGACAAGGUGCCUUGUCACCUGUGAAGACCUCUGAGCAUUAUGGAGAAGGAACCAGAUUUCUGUCCUCUGCUGCAUCAUUUGACACAUCAUGCUACCUGGCCUGUUUGUGGACAACAUACAGUGAGACCGACAUCAGAAUAACUUGACCAGCUGUCUGCCUAGGUUAACGAAGCUCUCUAUGACCAGUUUCUCCCUAUCUGCCCAGCCUAUUUACCCAGAUUGCCCUCUUUUUAUAAUAAACUCUUUCAAAGUU